AUUAUUCUAUGCCUUAUUCUAUAUAUUAUCUUAAUUAUUUAUUAUUUACACAUUAUCCAUGAACUAAAAAUUAUAAAUUCUGGGUAUAAAGUUUACAUUUCAGUAAGAUAAUUUUAUAACAAUAUGUAAUUUUGUAUUUUAAUAAUUCAUCAACUUUUAUUCAUUUACUUUUUGUACUGCUGAUGUAUACAAUAUUAUAGUUUCUUAUAAUUAUAUAAAAUGAGUAACAUAUAUAUUCAAGAACCUCCAACUUCUGGAAAAGUGGUUCUCAAGACAUCAUUUGGAGAUAUAGAAGUAGAGUUAUGGUCAAGAGAAGCUCCAAAAGCAUGUAGAAAUUUUGUACAGCUAUGUCUUGAAGGAUAUUAUGAUGGUGUUUUAUUUCAUCGUAUUGUCAAAGGAUUUAUAGCUCAAGGUGGUGAUCCAACUGGAACUGGAGCAGGCGGAGAAUCAAUUUAUGGUCAUCCUUUUAAAGAUGAAAUACACUCACGUCUACGAUUUAAUCGCAGAGGAUUGGUUGCUAUGGCUAAUGCUGGAAAAGAUGAUAAUGGGUCUCAAUUUUUUUUUACUUUAGGCUCUACACCUGAACUUCAAUCUAAACAUACAAUAUUUGGAAAAGUUGCUGGUGAUACAAUAUUUAAUUUGACUAAGUUAAAUGAAACUCUGGUGGAUAAGGAAGAUAAACCUGUAUACGAUCAAAAAAUCUUAAAAACUAUUGUACUAAAUAAUCCUUUCCCUGAUAUUAAGCCAAGAAUUGAAAAAAAAAUUGAAAAAAUUGAAAAAACUUCUAAAAAAAAUGAAAGUAUUGGAGUUAAAAAUUUCAAACUUUUAUCGUUUGGAGAAGAAGCUGAAGAAGAUGAAGAAGAACUUAUUGAUGCUGUUAAAGUAUUUAGUGGUAGACCAAAAUCAACUCAUGAUGUACUUAAAGAUCCUCAAUUAAGUUCAGAGCCUGCUAUUACAGAUGAUUAUCUAAAAGAUGAUAUAAUACCUACCUCUUCUAGCGAUCUAACUUCUAAAAUAAAUGUGGAUGAUGUUCGUUCAAAAUUGUCAUCAAAUGGUAAAAACAAAAAUGUUACUUCAAAACCAAUACACCAAUCAAAUGAAGAUGAUUCUGAUGAUUAUGAACUUGGAAAGGAUUUGAAAGAAGAUAAAAAACGAAAAACAGAGGAAAUUCGUAAGGAAAUUAAAGAAAUUAAAUCUCAGUUAUCAAAAAAGAAAAAGGAUAAAAUAAAGAACCAGGAUACAGAUGAUGAACCGAGUGAACCAAAACUGCCUAUUGAUCCUCUUAAGCAACAGUAUUUAGAAAAUAUAAAAUUUUAUUCUUCUAAAAAACAUGAAAUUCUUAAAAAAGGUUCAAGUAGAGAAGAUUUUUCUCUGAAGCUUUUAGAACAGUUUAAAAGUAAACUGCAUAGUGCUAUGCAAUCAAAGGAUGAAACAAAAUCUGAAGAAGAUGAAGAUGAUUGGAAAAGUCAUCCUCUUCAAUUUGAAAAGAAAGAUGCUGUACUAGCAAAAGAUGCUAAUAAAAAAGAUGAUGAUUGGUUUGAAAUAUAUGACCCAAGAAGUGCUCUUAACAAAAGGAAACGACAACUAAAUAGAACAGAUUAUAAACAAGAUAAAGAUAAAAAAACUAAAUUUUAAAAUAAAAAAUAAGCAUAGAAUAAAUUGUAUUUUCUAUA